AUGGCAACCAAUGGCAGUUUCGCUCAACAGGAGCAGUACAAGAGUACUACUGAGCAGUACCCAGCUACCUCAGGUGCCGCCGAUUCCACGAGUGGUAACGCCUCGGGCAAUGACCUUUCGAAGGAUGAGGUUGGAUGGUACUUUGUUGAGCAAUACUACACUACCUUGAGCAAGUCUCCAGAGAAGCUUCAUCUGUUCUAUGGAAAGCGAUCUCAAUUUGUUUCUGGCCUCGAGGCAGAGGUCGCUCCAGUUUCUGUUGGCCGAAGUGCUAUCCAAGAGCGCAUUAAGAAUCUCGACUUCCAAGACUGCAAGGUCCGCGUCUCCAAUGUCGACUCCCAAGCUUCUUACGACAACAUCGUCAUCCAAGUUAUUGGUGAAACUUCGAACAAGUCGGCCGAGCUCAAGAAGUUUGUUCAAACUUUCGUUCUUGCUCAACAACCUACCGGAUACUUUGUCCUCAACGAUAUCUUCAGAUAUAUCAAUGAGGAGGGUGAGGAGGAGCCUGUUGACAACGCCCAAGAGGAGUCUGCUGCUGGACCCUUGGUUGAGGAUGUCGAGAUGCCAAAGGCUCAGGCCACACCUGAGGAGUCUGCUGCUCCGUUGGAUGCUGAGGUUGUAGACAAGAAGCUGGAAGAGGUUGCUGAGCCCGAGCCAGUCGCUGAAGCUGAACCAACAACCAACGGAACUCCAGCUCCUGAAGCUGAAGAGACACCAGCUGCUACCGCUAAGGUUGAGGAGGCUACUCCAACUCCAGAAGUUGCCGAGAAAGCGGUCGAAGAGGAGAUCAAGGAGCCAGAGAAGCCAAAGGACCCUGUCUCAACCCCAGCAAUCAGCCGCGCUCCAUCGAACACCAAGCCAGCAGCUCCAGCUCAGCCAGCUGGCCCACCAAAGCCACUUAGCUGGGCAAGCAGAGCCGCUGCAGCUGUUGGUUCCGCUCCCAAGCCUGCCGUUCCAGUCGUCGCUCCUAAGACUUCCACACCACCUGCCCAAGCUCGUCCAGCUCCACCAGCUGCUAAGCCUGCUCAAGCUCCUACUCCUGCCCCGGCACCUGCCCCAGCUGCGGAGAAGGACAAGGAGAACGGUGCAGGAUGGCAAAGUGUUGGAAGCGACCAGAAGAGACAAAACCGUCCACAAUCGAUCUCUGGUCCACCUGAGAAGGAGGGCACCAUGGGAUAUGUCCGAAAUGUUACCGAGAAGGUUGGAACCGAGGAGCUCCGUGCUGCUCUGGGUGGAUUUGGAAAUCUGAUCUACUUUGAUGUUAACCGUGGAAAGGUAAGUCUUGAGUUCAUUCACCACAACUCCAUAGCUGACUGA